CUCCCCGGGGGCACCGCCGCCGCCGCCGCCCCCUCGCACAUGAAGAUGUACGCGCAAAGGGCUCUGGUGCUGCUCUCGCUGCUGAGCUUCGCCACCGUGAGCCUCGCGCUGUCCUCCUGCACCACCUUGGACCUCGAGCACAUCAAGAAGAAGCGGGUGGAGGCCAUCCGGGGGCAGAUCCUGAGCAAGCUGCGGCUCACCAGCCCCCCGGAGAGCGUGGGGCCGGCCCACGUGCCCUACCAGAUCCUGGCGCUCUACAACAGCACCCGCGAGCUGCUGGAGGAGAUGGAGGAGGAGAAGGAGGAGAGCUGCUCUCAGGAGAACACCGAGUCCGAGUACUAUGCCAAAGAGAUCCAUAAAUUUGACAUGAUCCAGGGCCUCCCCGAGCACAAUGAGUUGGGCAUUUGCCCAAAAGGUGUCACCUCCAAUGUGUUCCGGUUUAAUGUGUCCUCAGCAGAGAAGAACAGCACCAACCUGUUUCGAGCAGAGUUCCGGGUGCUACGUGUGCCCAACCCGAGCUCCAAGCGCAGCGAGCAGCGCAUUGAGCUCUUCCAGAUCCUGCGGCCGGAUGAGCACAUAGCAAAGCAGCGCUACCUCAGUGGCAGGAAUGUGCAGACGCGGGGCUCCCCUGAAUGGCUGUCCUUUGAUGUCACCGAGACCGUGCGUGAGUGGCUUCUGCACAGAGAGUCCAACCUUGGCCUGGAAAUCAGCAUACACUGCCCUUGCCAUACUUUUCAGCCCAAUGGGGACAUCUUGGAGAAUUUACAUGAGGUCUUGGAGAUCAAAUUCAAAGGCAUUGACAGUGAAGAUGACUAUGGCCGUGGGGACUUGGGGCGCCUGAAGAAGCAGAAAGACUUGCAUAAUCCCCACCUCAUCUUGAUGAUGUUACCCCCACAUCGCCUGGAGAGCCCAACACUGGGAGGCCAGAGAAAGAAGCGGGCCCUGGAUACCAACUACUGCUUCCGGAACCUGGAGGAGAACUGCUGCGUGCGUCCUCUUUACAUUGACUUCCGACAGGAUCUGGGCUGGAAAUGGGUCCACGAGCCUAAAGGCUACUUUGCAAACUUCUGUUCGGGCCCAUGUCCGUACCUCCGCAGUGCGGACACCACUCACAGCACGGUGCUGGGCUUGUACAACACGCUGAACCCUGAGGCAUCUGCUUCACCCUGCUGCGUCCCACAGGACCUGGAGCCACUGACGAUCUUGUACUAUGUCGGGAGGACACCCAAAGUGGAGCAGCUCUCCAACAUGGUGGUGAAAUCCUGCAAGUGCAGCUGAAAGGCACCCUGGGCUGCCCAAAGCCUAGAGAGAAACUGUCAGCAUCCAUUCUGCUCCAAGGCUAGCACAAAAGGAACUGGAGGUCAGAGACUAUGCAUGCAGAGGGCCGAGUGCUAAACCCUGUGGCUUUGGGUCUGGCAGUCCUUGGGAAUCUCUUCUGGAACAUUUCUCGGUCUUGUUGCCAGUGUCGCGUUCCCUCUGGGAGUCACUUUGACGACACAAAGGCCACACUCCAAAAUGACUGGACAGUUGAUGCGGAAGAGAAAGACAGAGUGAAGGAACUGCUGUGUAUUUGAAUGCUGGGAUAGUUGAGCAGGGAAGGCAAGGGAUGAGAAAGAGCAGUUAAAAGGAGGGAUUGGAAAUGAAGCAGUGUUUCCCCUUCUUGCUAUAGCUCCCUUGGGACCUCUGCCCUCCCCAGUGGCCUGAAGAAUUAUGAAGGUUUUCCCUCCUGCAGGAGAAAAUCCUGGAAUUUUCUUUAGAGAAAGAAAAUGCACCGAGAAGCUGCUCAGAGAAGAGAUGCUCAGAGAUACACAUAGACUUGCGUUCCUCAGAACUGUGAUCCAGGAGGCCUGUAUCUACAGUUGUGUUUCUGCCAGACCUGUAACUUCAGUUGGCAGACCCUGGCUAUUGGUUUCCAAAAGCAAACUGCAAGGCCCCCAUUCGGCCUGCUGAGGUGGGCAAAGGCAAGCAGAGAAGGUGCUGAGCCCAUUUUAAGGAGGACUGAUGUCUCUAUUCAGCUCUUUUCCUUUUCUGGAGUUUCUGAAAGAUGGCUUCUGGGUCAGGGCAAGAGCAUUAUCUGGGGGGCACCUGGAUUUUGGAGCCAUUCACUCAUGAUCUGAUAACACCCUGAGGACCUUUUGUCUGUUGUGGUUUGUGAUCUCAACGUGGCCCAGGCCUCACCUGCCAAGACUUAAAAAAGAAAAAAUAUUAAUCUCAAAAACAUUGUAAAAAAUAAAUAUUUGGGGGGGGAGAUGGUUGUUUUUUUCUUCCCCACCACCUUUCCUCCCCCCACAGGGAUGCUGUUGAAGGGUUAGAUGUUUUUUUGUUUUUAAACUGCUACUACUGUGGCAUACUUGGUCACUUUAAAAUCUUUCCCUUUUCCUGAGUAUCUCUUCAAGGAAAUGGGCAGAAUUUAGGUCAGCCAGAAAGCUCAGAAUGGAAAUUCCUUUGUACCUUCAAACAGUGUCUGCUGUGUAUGUGCCCUGUCCUUCCUGGUCCCUCUGACAGACAUGUCACCUCUCACAUCUGAUUUUGAUAGAUUUAUAUAAAGCACCCCUCAAAUAUAAAA